ACAAACAAUCCAGUUCGUCGCCUCGCUGAUUCGGUGAAAUCAUCGUCACUAUCAAAUCGUCCACUCCCAUUCAAGGCCAUCUCCAUCUCGUGUUUGUCUACCUCUCUUUGAGCGCAUUCGUGAAGGUUGCAGCUGUCGCCCGACAGCACCUCCCUCGCGGGCCCACGCAUCGCCCGAUCGCAAGUGCCCAGCCCAGUUGUCCGCCUCGCAUUAUUGCAGAUUAUAUCGCGCAGUCAUCUUCAGUCCAUACCAGACUGCACUGGACGACUCCCCUCUUGGAGCAAAACACCAAAACACCCCAAUUUGGACGGCAUCUACGGCAUCUCUACAUUGUAUGUACUGAACGACGCCUAGGAUAAAAGCUGUGCUUAUGUGGGUUUUCCUUACCCAUUUCUAAACGCCGGGAGCGAGAGAAAAAGGAAUACAUGAGCGUGGCCAGUUUUCCAACACCGCCGACGCGAUUUUGAUAGAACAUAGUUGUCGAUAUUUAUGGUUAAUCUUUUUCUUGAUCUUUUUGAGCGAUCGGCAGCUAAUGUCUGUCAGAAAACAUUAAAAUGUCUCUUCAUUCAACAUACCGCAGUGGUGGUCACCCACGUUCAGUACGCCAUCAAAUUCCUAGAACCCACUCCUGCGUCAAGUAGUCCUUCUACUGACGACUUUCACUCCUUUUAGUAUUAUCCCCAACUUGCUUCUAUCAAUUCUUCAGACUCCGGUCAAAUAUAUGGUACUACUAGGGAGAUGGGGCCUCCCUCUUUGGACUUUCCACCACAGCCAGUAGAGAUUGAUGUUGAUUUGAGUAGCCACUCCAGCCGGACACUUCCAAGUCCGUCACAGCCAGGUUCCAAUGCGUGGGAUCCCAUUUUUUCUCAUCCGAGUUUUGGGGACGCAUCAUAUGGAGCUUCUAAUAUUGGUAGAAUGCAACAAAUUCCAAGUGAUACUCAAAGUCGUGGACCUGCCCAGGAUCCACUUGUCCAGUGGUACACAGGAAAUGAUGGUCCUUGGGUGCCAAAGGUCAUUCCAGAUGUGGCCAUUGAAGAGAGGUUACACCCAAGACAAUCAGGUAAUCGUAGUCACGUCUCGUACGGAACUCAGUAUCGACAACCCAAUCCUUCUGAUGCCGGAUCCGUUCAGUUUGGAGUUUCUAAUUCCGACUCUGGUUAUGGCACUCGACGAAGUAUUGGUAAUGGUUCCGUGUUUAGUGCAGAUAUCCCAGACCGGGAUCAAGAUUGUCGAAGCCUAGCCGGACAUGUUGAGAAUCUCCAACCGUUCCAUGCAUUUCCAGAGAUAUUACCACCAAGGGACCAUACCCGUGUUAAUGAUUGGACUCCUACACCCAAAUCCACAGGAUCUAACACACCUAGCUUGACAUGCCAGUAUUGCAUGAAGCCAGUCAAAACCCAGUCAGAAUUAAAGUGCGGCAUUGUUUUCGUUUUCAACAUAUAUCAUUGCUAAUUUGAACCAGAAAACAUGAACUCAGGCAUACCAAGCCAUUCAAAUGCCUGGUCCCUGGAUGCCCAAGGCCAACAGGAUUCAGUACCACCAAUGAUUUGGAAAGACAUACAAAGAGUAAGCAUCCAACUGCCAUAACAGAUCCAGCAUCUACAAAGAUGUAUCGUUGCAAUGUCCCAGGAUGCAAAUCCAGGGAGAAAUCAUGGCCACGUUUGGAUAAUUUCCGGAGUCACCUGAAACGUGUACAUCAGAACCAGCUUCGCACUGAUCAGGAUUUCGAAGAAAUAAUCCGCUGGUAAGUAACUCAGAGGCACAGAAUAAAACUUGUAAAGAAGCUUAUUAUGUGAUAGCGCCGAGUUCUUCGAAGCGCCUCCUUCAAGCGGGAUGCCAAGCCAGGAAAAUCAAAGGACAAUGCAGCAGGAAUUCUCACAUUCAGCAAUUCCCAUUCAGGAUAAUAAUGAUAGAAACGGCGACACCGAUUGGAGCGGCAGUUGUCCAGAAGUGGAUGGUUCCCCACCUCAAGACUUUACGGACCCCAAAAGACCAGAUUUGGAGAUUUCCUCUUCCCCUCCUUCUAGAAAAUCCUUGCCCCCACCAACACCACAGGAACCAUCAGCCCGUCCAGUUCCUCAUUCUGACGGUCAUAGUAGUGAAACUGUGCAGCCUUUGGACGUUUUUCAUACUGCUCAGCCUCCACCAAAACCUGCUCGAAGUGGAUUUACAUUGGAAAGUGUUUUAGCUCCAGCCAUUCCUAAUGAUGGACCCAACAAACUGCCAAUUUUCAGAAGUUCAUCUAACAAUAACCCCGUUUCCAAACUAGUUUCUGAAGGUAAGGUGGCGAAGCACAUCAGUGAGACCUCAGCCUCGUCAGAUGCGGCUCUGACAAAGGUGAUCCGAACUGCCUUGGAUGGGUCUAUCACACAUCACGACCAGGAACCACGUUUUACCAAUGGGAAUUUGGACCGGAAUAUUCUGCCUAAUGGACGUCCAUCACCUUCUGGAAAUGGUGGUUCGGGAAGCGAGAGUUCUAGUGUUAGAUCAUCCGACUCUUCCCCAUCUGCCGUGUCUGAUACUGAUGUUACUGAAUCCGAGGAAUUGAAAAAAGCAGAAGAAAUCUUGAAGACUAUCCGUCAUCUGGGAUAUACACUCCAAAAAUAUCCUAGUCGCUCGCCAAAGAUUCAGAAUCAAGGCAGUGCUGCUAGUAACAAGAGUGAGAAGAAAGUCACGUGUGAAGUCUGUAAAAGGUUUCAAGGAAGACCUUGUGAAUUAAGGUAUGUCACCCCACGCCUAUCACUACACCUUACUAUACUUCCUGCUCAGGAGCAACUAUUGAUAAUUGAUAUCUUUAUCAAAUAUAGGAAACACAUGAAACGCCACGAACGGCCCUAUGGUUGCACCUUCCUUUCAUGUGGGAAGACAUUUGGCUCGAAGAACGACUGGAAACGCCAUGAAAACUCCCAACACUUUCAAAUAGAAACAUGGCGUUGCGAUGGUUCUCUGCCUGAGGGAGGCCCUUGUUCCAAAGUCUGUUAUCGUCGACAAUCAUUCCUGGACCAUCUCAAAAAAGAUCAUCCUCUGCCUCCUUCAAGUCCCCUUUCUAAUUCUCCCGCGUCAACAUCAGCACUGUCUACUUCCAGUUCUAUCAUGGAAGAGGAUGAUACAUACAGAGAAAAACUUGAAUCUUGUCGCAUUGGCCGCAACUCCCAAGAUCGCUUCUGGUGUGGGUUCUGUGUUCGACUUAUUGAUCUUAGGAAGAAAGGACUGGAUGCCUGGACCGAGAGAUUCGAUCAUAUUGAUGACCAUUUUAUGGGACGAGACAAGUUUGAAAAGCUCGGGAUUAGAGACUGGGUUCCUGUCGAUGGGAGCACCAACCCUGGUCCGAAGAGAUCCUUAAGUUCUACUUCUUCAUCUUUGUCGCCGUCUUCUGUUAGUGAGAGUACAGAGGCACCGCAUGAAAAGAGUUUGAAGAAGAGGGCUGCUACUACCACCGAAGAUGGAGCAGCGAAGAGAGCAAGGACUGAGCUGGAGUAUCAGAUUAUCUGUGUAAGUUGUUGCUCAACCCACUAGUGCCGUUGAACACCGCUGAUCGAGGUGAUAGUGUCAAUGCCACGUCGCUCACAACCCGAGUUUCAACUCGGGAUGUUCCAAUUGCAGCGAUAGUCACUCUUUCUGCGAGAGUUGUACGUCGGAAUAUCUCCCGCCUGUCCCUUCUAGGGAAGUGAAGUAGACAGAUACAUUUGGUGGAAUGAAUGUGGCGUUUCACUUCUCUCGCCCCUUAGGGAGGGCGGUGUCAAGGAGUUUUUAAGUCCCUCAGAACACCGGAUUGUACGUGGGAUGGUGGACUUUUUACUUUUUUCUUCGAUUCGUGCUACCUUUGCUCUUUGGGUAUACGGAACCUUUGGCGUUUAUCUUCCAGUGUUUUACUUUUCUUAUCUAUGGCGGGAAAGAAAGGACUAAAGAAGUCGGAUACAGCAGAAGUGGGAGGAUAUUUUCUUUUCUUCCUUGGAUAAGCAGGCAGGCGGGUUUCUUGGAUACAGUAUCUUGCCGAACAGAAGAUUAGGGGAAUUAAACAGAUACCAUGGUUAUGUUGGGAUAAGGUUUCUUAUGGCGUUGUCCUUUUUUUUUGUACGGGCGUCUUUUUUGGACUUUCUAAAGGAAUUACAGUACAAGACUUGUUUUACUUUUUACUUUGAGUUGAGGUACUUGUUAGGUAGGGUGCGGGUAGUAGAAUCAGAAUGAAAGUGGGAAGGGGAUGGUUUAGGUUACUAGGUUACUGUAGGCUUCGAUAUGGAGAUGGAGAUAAUUUACUUUAAUGUUAC